AUGCCACCCUCAGCGCAGACAACGAGACUCGUCUCCACACUCCGCCUAUUAAUCCCUCGCCUCCGCCUCCUCCAAAAGAAAGACACCGCCUUCUCAGUCGUGCAACGGCGCGAGCUCGCCCAACUCCUCGGCGAAGGGCGCGAGGCGUCCGCGCGAAUCCGCGUGGAGAAUGUGAUCGCCACCGACAUCGCCGUGGAGGUGAUGGAGAUGGUGGAGCUGUACUGCGAACUGCUUCUUGCGCGGGCGAAUGUUCUCGACCAGCUUGCGUUCAACGAGAAGGGGACUCGUGCGCGGAUGCGCGCGAAGGAGCUCCUCAAGAAACAGAACCUGGCGCAGGCGGGGGGCGCGGCGGGGUCGGCUGCCGCUGGUGCUGGUGGGGGAGAGUCUACGGGGUCCCGGUUUGGGUUCUCCUGGCUUGGAGGGUCAGGGGGAGGGGGCGGGCAGAAGAGAGAAGGCACGCCGCCUACUGCUCCAGAAGACUCCGGUGCCGCGCUCUCCGACGAAGAAAACACCUACAUGGACACCGCGCUCGACGAAGCAGCCGUGGCAAUCUUCUACGCGUGGCACCGGUUCCCGCAUGAACUGCGCGAGCUGACGAUGCUGCGCACGAUGCUCGGCGAGCGAUACGGGAAGGAGUUUAUGACCAUGGCACAAGAUAACAAAGUGGAGGGCGUCACGGUGCCCGAGCGACUGCUCAAGGGUCUGCGCUUGCGUCCGCCGACACAGGAACUGGUGGAAAGUUAUUUGCGGGAGAUUGCAAAGGCGUAUGGUGUUUCCUGGCCGGUAGGAGAAGACGCGGAACAGGCUGAGUUGGGGAGUGCGCCGCUGGAGUUUGUGGAUGAGGGGACUGCCACUUCCAAUGCCAAGGGAGAUCAGGAUGACGACGGGAAUGAAGGUGGUGGUGAUGUGCCCUCAACACCCGGCAAAGAGUCCCAGUCCCGACCAACCCUAUCCGAGGCACGGCGUGCGUCUGAAACAAGCGAGCUAAACAAGGCGACGCCGCCGCGGGGAUCGAUGGCGGGGAGGAGUCCUGUUAGCGUUGCGCCGCCGGGUCCGAGGAGUGACAAUCUCAAUCCGAGGGUAAAAGUCCCCGGGAGUGAAGAGGAGACGAAGGACUCUGGCUCUGUUGCGAAGAACGAGGGAGCUGCGAAGAGCAGCAAAGGGAAUGGGGUUCCCGAGCUGGAUGAACUGACUCGACGGUUUGCAGAACUGAAGAGGCAACCUUGA